CUAAAGACAAAACAAUCUCUUCAAUUCAACAGCCGAUUGGUUUUUGGCGCGAAAUUAACCAGCAACCGCAAGGCAUCAGUCGCCUACCGCUGGGCGCGUGUCAAAAAAAAGGUUUAAACAACUACAAAGCCGAGAGCGACUAUUCAUCGACAAUCUUGAAUCUUAGCAAUUUCGUGGACAUUUCUAGACAGGUUUGUCAAGACGGGAAAAUAGAGUAUUGUUGGUUUUAUGCCAGCAUUGAGAAACCUUUGGACGAGUUUUAAUUUGAAUUGGACAGAUUCAAUCACUUGGAGAGGUUUCAAGAUUUCAGUUGGAUAGUUUGAUUUGAUCCUUUGGCAGACGGAGUGAUUAAGUCAUAAUUGAUUAGUGACCAACGCUGAGAUUUUGGUGACUAAACCCAGCGUACAAGAGAACGCCUCCGGGAAGAAAAUGGCGGGCUUCCUGUCUCUCGCAUGUAUUAUAACGUUGGCAUUUCAUGCAGGUAUUCAUUUUUGCUUCCAAUGAACCGUUUGUUCUUUAAAGUCGCUUUGCUGUCUCCAGUGUUUGUGUAGACGUCGUGAAUACAGGCCUCGCGUCGGGGAAUCGGAAAAAUAAUUUUUCGCUAUUAACGAUUAAGCGCUAUGAGCAUGCGAAGCCGUCUAUUUCAAACAAAAUUCUCGUUUCAACCGUGCGUCGAACAAUACAGUGGAUUACAAGAGACUUCAAUUGAUGCCGUGUGGAUGCAAUUGCCUUUAAGUACAAAAUACAGCAUACAUUGUUUUGAAUUCAAUCUUCAGUCUUGCAAGAUAACAUAAGAUAUGUAUUACUAUAACGCUUUAUCACCUCAACAGCGCAGCUUAAACGUUUUACGGUUGCCUCGAGAAAUUGAAAACUGAUAUUCUCGUUGGCAGGGUGUUUAAUAUGAAAAGAACUGAAAUUGAACGGCUUUAGGUUUUAGCUUAACUUUUACGACUUUGUAAACGUGUAGGCUGAAAACUCCAAAUGCAAAUCAAAAAUAAUGUCAUGAUUUAUGACCCAGUGAAUUAGCCAGAUACUGUGGUCUGUUCGAGAACAAACUUUAAACGCUAUUGUGAUAAAAUGAAACGUAUUCUUAGGUGCUUCCUUUAAGAAAAAUUCUCAUGACUCGAACGGCGUUAUCUUGAUAAACAUCCGUGUUGGGCUCCAUGCCGAGUUUAUGAUAAUAACUGAGAUACGUUUGAUUCCAGACUUUUCCACCUUCAACGCAUUGGAAAAAACCCAAAUCUGAAAUUAUUCAUGGCGGGAUAAUGUCGAAUAGAACCGAUACAUAAAAUGAUAUCGUUUGAGCUAAUCAACAAGCAACGAUAACCGACCAUUUAUUUUCUGCUUUGGAUUGUUUUCACUUGAAUUUAGUUUAACUUGUUUUUUUGUUUACUUCGCCUCUCGCAGUUCAUGGUCGUCUUUUGGCGAGCGUUAUCUAUUUGUCAAUCACCUCAAAAGUGAUAAAUAAUAGCAUUAACUAGAUCAAUAAAUAAGAUCCUGCGUGAUUGGUGUAAUCAGUAAUCAACCAGCAAUCACAAGCAUUCUCAAGUUGCUGUCAACACAGUCACAUCUUUGCGCGCCAAGUGCUUUAACAAAACAGGUGCGAUACUUCCGAUACACCCAGUUCCCCUACUCUAUCAUUAAUCAGUUCUAUUGGAAAACACGCCGAGGGCUGUAUUCACGACUUAACAAUGACACUGGAAGGAGUUCGUCGUGGUUUUCACGGCGUCUCCCUGUCGCAUUUCCUCAUUACUAUAAUGUGGCUUGGUAUGCAAGGCAAAGGAUAUGGUCUCGUAACCAACAGUGAAAGUGUAGAUGGUAUAAACAACACGAUGUCAACAUCAGUCAUUCAACGACCAAAGGAAUUGGCGACGACUCCAUCGAAGGCACCGGCUUACAACGACACAUUGGACGCAGUCACCAAAAGCGAUGACGACGAGCUCAGGCUGGUGAACGAUCUUUUCCACAGCGACAACUACAGCAAGGAAGUCAGGCCAGUGAAGAACAAGAAUGCUGCUAUCAAAGUUAUUUUUGGCAUUGCUUAUACUCAGCUUGUCGAACUGGAUGAAAAGAAUCAAGUUCUUGUUAGUAACGUGUGGAUAAGACAAAAAUGGAACAAUCAUCUUCUACGUUGGAAUUCGUCUCAUUAUGGUGGAAUCAAGUCAAUCAAUGUGGAUCCUAAACUUGUCUGGCUUCCAGACAUCGUGUUGUAUAACAAUGCGAAUACUGGAAUAACAAGUGGUAACAUGGACCAAUUUAAGACCAGGGUAAUACUUUCAAGCGAUGGUACUAACACCUGGUAUGCUCCAACAAUUCUGCGGAGUCGCUGCGCCAUCGAUAUCAAGUUCUUUCCAUUUGAUGACCAGAAAUGUGAUCUGCACUUCGGUUCAUGGACAUAUGACGGACUCCGAGUGGACUUACUAAACGCUAGCACGUCGGUUGAUCUGGCCUCUUAUAUGAAGAGCGGAGAGUUUCAAAUGGUGGAAGCUCCCGUCAAAAGAAUUAUUGUUAAGUACAGUUGCUGCCCAGAGCCUUAUCCGAAUGUGAUUUACACACUGCACAUCAGAAGAAAGGUACUGUUCUACUUCAACAAUCUGAUCGUUCCCUGUUUUCUCAUCACGGCUUUCGCACUGCUGACCUUUGUUUUACCGCCUAACACGGGAGAGAGAGUAACGCUUGUGAUCACCACACUGCUAGCCAUGACUGUUUUCAUGCUUAUGAUCGCUGAGAACACACCGACAACCUCUGACGUCACUCCCUUGAUCGGUAAAUUCUUCGUAGCCUCUAUGGUGGAAAUAGGACUGGCACUGAUCGCGACUUGUUUCGUUCUUAACAUCUACGAAGCCACAGGACCGAGCUCCGAAGUUCCACAGUGGGUGCGCGUUAUACUAAUCGAUAUCUUAGCGCCGAUUCUUCGUGUAACCCGACCUAAGGAAAAGCCACAGCGAAGAUUUAACCCAACCAACAUCCACUCGUAUAGCCCAAUGUUACCCGAACACAACGGAAACAAUUUCGAACUGGACGGAAGUCCAAAGGAUGUCCUGGUCAUCGCGCCGAAGGUCGGCGAUAAGGUGCUAACGUCCCGAGACUUCAUUAACUCUGUGAAUGACAACAACAUCCGACAUAGGGUACCUUCUUCGCAAGACAAGCUUUUGGAAGGUAUCAAUGUGCUCACUGAAAGAGCAAAAGAACAGGAAAAAGAAGAAGAAGUGAAGGAGGAGUGGGAAUCAGUCGCUAAAGUUAUAGACAGGUUCUUUCUGUUGCUUUUCAUUGCAACUGUGGCCAUAUCGACAGCGCUGAUUUUCUUACAGCGACCGAGCUAUGCCACCAUGUAAAUGAACUGGGUCCAAGAGUAUUCUAAGAGUUUGGGACUGGUGCCCAUUUUUCCUCUGUGUGCGAGGAGGCUUGGCUGCAUGUCUUUAGUGAAAUUGCGAGUGCCUAAGAGAUGCUAUUGGCAAAGUCACAUUGGUUGAGAAGGUUUUCUGUGGUUGGUGAAGAAUAAGAAACCUUGGAGAAUUACAUAAAGAAUGAAACAGCUUCACAACGGAAUAUUAGAAAUUGAGCGACCAUAUUUAGAGUAUUGGAGAUUUAUACGGCGAAAUUAUUUACGAAAAACGAUAGAAUUGUAUACAACGUAAACCAUGAGUGAACCGAGUCCUAUUACAGUUAUUUGACAUAGAGUGAUUAUCCAGUGUAACGAGAGCAGAUAUAACCUGAUUAAUAGUGAGAAUUAAGACUUAAUUAGCAAAUGUUGUUUCGAAAUCGUUAGGUUGCAAUUUUGUUGGUAUAGGUCAUAUAGCAUUGUAUUUUAAUAUCGAGCCUUUCAGAAUUUACUGAGGGGUCCGACAAAUUUUUCGGCUAGAAGUGUUGAGAUUGUUAAUUAAUGUCCUGUACUUUUGUCUUGUGUAAUUUCAAUUUUGGUUUCA